AUGGCUAUCGCGGAGAGCUGUGUUGACGCGGUGGUCAUGGAGAUGGUGGCGGUCUACUGUGGUGGCCUCUACGCCGCCAAGCCAGAGCUCGCCGCCCGCCGCAUCGAGGCCAUCGGCUUCCAGGUCGGGCACCAGCUCUCUGAGAGAUAUACCAUGGAGCGCCCUCGAUUUAGUGAUCAUCUUGAAGCAAUCAAAUUUAUCUGCAAAGACUUUUGGUCAGAGCUGUUCAAGAAACAGAUUGACAAUCUGAAAACAAAUCAUAGGGGUACCUUUGUCCUUCAAGAUAACCGUUUUCGGUGGCUUACUUGUGUUUCUCUAGAUCCAUAUACAGAGAACACAGAUUCAACUGAAAAUGAUUCUGCAGCAUUGGGUGAUACUGCAGCCCAAACAACUACCAUGCUUCUGUAUUUCCCAUGCGGAUUGAUAAGAGGUGCCUUGACCAACUUAGGAAUUCCGUGUUCUGUCUCUGCUGACAUGUCAAACCUUCCAGCAUAUUUGGUCUGUUCCAUGCCUGUUACCAUCAUUGACUCAUUGCCUAAGAGUGCAUCUCCUGUAUUGGUGCCCAUGGAGGCAUGGACAAUUAUUUUUGGGUACUAUAGAUCUGUACUACCCAGUACUCAUCUUAGCACAUUCUUUUGGUUUUGUGGAAGUACAAUACGUUCUGCUUUCAUGCUAUUCCUUGAUUAUUUCUAG